UUUUCAGGCCUACUUUUGUAUAUUGUUCCAAUUUGUUGUUCAAGUUUUGUAUUGGGCAGUCUCCACACAGCUCUUCAUCCAUCUCGACCAUCCUUAUCAAUCUCAUUUUUUUCUCAAAACAAAAAUGAACCGAAGGUUGAACGAAGUUGCAUCUUCAGGGGAUAUCGACUCCUUGUAUAUGAUAUUUCAAGAAGAUGCCUACAUUUUAGAACGUAUAGAUCAGGUACCUUUUGUAGAUACCCCAUUACACAUCUCAGCAUCAGCAGGACAUGUCCCUUUUUCCUUGGAGAUCAUGAGGUUGAAACCAUCCUUAGCCAAGAAGCUUAACCCAGAGGGCUAUACCCCUAUCCACUUGGCAUUGCAAAAUAACCAAACGAAAACCGUGUUGCGGCUCGUUGAUAUCGAUCGAGAUCUCGUAAGCAUACAAGGGAGAGAGGGCUUAACUCCAUUGCACAUUGCAGCCUCGGGAGGCAUGGAUGAUAUAUUGGCUAAGUUUCUAACUUCGUGCCCAAAAUCUAUUAAAGAAUUGACCAAUCGUAAUGAGUCUGCUCUACAUAUUGCUAUUAAAAAUGAAGAUAUUGAAUCUGUCAAAAUCUUGCUACAAUGGAUCCAGAAAACUUGCAUGGCCUCAAUACUUAAUUGGUGUGAUGACGAAGGAAACAAUGCGAUGCAUCUUGCGGCGCUCGAAAAUCAAAUUGAGAUGGUGAAGCUUCUCAUAAACAAAGUGGAUAUGAAAGCAAAGAAUUUGGAAGGCAAGACAGCACUAGACAUAAUGAAAGAACAUGGUCAUGUGGAAGACAAAGAGGUAAGAGAGAUGCUCCAUGGUUCCCACAUUUUCAAAAAUGUUGCAAAAUGUUUGCAUUCAAUAUUAUUGUUUGUGAAGAGGUUAGUGAUUACGGACUAUCGUGAGAUUCUUUACAUGUCUAAAAAGGAUCGGAAUGGCAUAUUAGUAGUUUCUGUGCUCAUUGCCACUGCAACUUACCAAGCUGCUCUAAGUCCACCCGAGAUAGACAGGGAUUUCUUCAUUCAACACUACAAAUGGAUCCCAUACGAAUGCUUCGUACAGUUAAAUACUUGGGCAUUCAUUGCUUCAAUGAUAGAGAUUUGUGUUCAUCUUCCUUCUGGGAUUGGCUUGCUCUCCAUUUGGUUCUCCCUUUGGUGA